AUGGACAAGGGAGAGCUCGACCUCUCCGUGCUGGACGCCGGCGGGCGGGGCUACCUGGACUUCCUCCACGACGAGGUGCUCGCGCUCGAGGGGGGCAGCGUCAGCGGCGGCGGAUCCCAGGCGGCCGAUGCCGACGGCGCCGGCGGCGGCGUGAAGCGCGAGCGCGACGCCGAUGAGUCGGAAUCGGAGGAGGGCCAGGAGGCGUCGGCGAGCGGGAAGGCCGGUCGGCCGGACGGCAGGGCCGGGCGGAGCAAGGCAUGCAGGGAAAAGGCGCGGCGGGAGCGCAUCAACGAGCGCUUCCAGGAACUGGCGAAGCUCUGCGACCCUGAAGACCCCAAGACCGACAAGGCGUCCAUUCUGGCGGAGGGAAUAAAGAUCAUCACCCAGCUGAAGGUUGAAGCCGGCCAGCUGCGCCAGUUGAACAAAUUCCUGGAGGAACGAGUUGGAAAUCAUGAGAAGGAGAAAGGCCAGAGCCUGUACCAGCAGAGCUUGAUGCUCCAGGGGCAGUUCCAACAAGCAAUGCAACCACCACAGCAGCCAGCCAUGCCAUGUCCUCUGAACACAAUUCCCCAGGGAGGUUAUCAGGUCGCCAUUGGGCUGCCUGCAUCAGGUGUGCCAUGCAGUAUGCGAUCGCAGGUGUAUGACAAAUGCAAACAAUGGUGGGCAAAUCGUCGGUGGCCAGCAAACUCUGCAAAAUUGAAUUGGAAGCCAGGUAGCCAUGCAUCCAUGCCCUUUCUCCAGCAGGGAGUACCACUGCCCUUGUGGUGUGUUCAUUCUGUUGAACAGCACAGCCGUUGA